AUUCUAUUUGUAAAUCUUAAUGCGCGAAGGAAGAAAAUAUCAAAUCUUACAGAGAGCAGAUCCUAAGAGCAUACAGAAUGACGUACACCGAUAACGCGUAAAUAGAUAAGCGGAAAGAGAAAGAGUAGGGGAAUAAAAGACGUUUUCUUCGUGCCUAGUAGAACGCGUUCUAUUCACCUACUGCUGGUCCGAAGAUACGAGCCUCCAGGAUGUGUACUCUGCGAACCACCGUUCACCCUUUCUCGUAGAUAAUUUAUAAAAUAAUAUUUAAAUUGAUAAUACAAUCUACACCCAUGAUAUAUUUACGAAUAUAACGAAGCGGGGACCGGUCACACACGCGAAUCUCAUCAAUAAGUAAUCUCCCCCCUUCCGUUGCACCCAACAGCACGGCCAACGUCGAAGUGCCCAUGGAUGAGGAAUUCCGAGAAUUCAAAACCGUUAAUGGCGCGGGGAGAAGUGGAGGGGCAUGUCACGUGACCUACGCAAAUUAAGCAUGCGCAGGUACUAAGGUUACUCAGGAACGUAUCAACAAAAUGUAAUGUAUCAACAAGGGUGAUCAGAAACAUAUGUACAAAGUUACCUUGUGGAAUCAUUUCUUAUCUCCGUUCUUUUUUGUCUUUCUCUUUAACAAAUAUUCAUUUUUUAUGUAUCAGCAUUCUUCGGUAUUUGGCAUUGUCUUUAUAUUAUCACAAUGAAAGAUUUUUCCCCACAUGAAAGAUUUAAAGCACAAUAGAGCAUACUAAAAUGGCUUUUGAGGCUGAAUGUUUAACGACUGAAUUAAUAGAUUGGACAUUAUUAAAAGAAGAUUUGAAAUAUUUACCAACUGAAAUAGAAGUACAUCUAGCAUCUAUAAUUGAUGUAUUACAAAAAAUUAGCAUGCAAAAAUUUGAGAUGACAACAAAAUGGAUAAAUAAUUCUUUAAUUAGAAUAGAAGCUUGUUUAGAUCGUACAUGGCAAAUGCUGAAUUCAGGCCAUUGGAAAGAUGUUCCACUAUCGUACAGAUAUAGUUAUUCUUUUUGUAGUCUUUUAAAGGUAAUAUUGCUAGAAAUUGAACAUGAACAUAACAAAGAAAAAUCUACAGAUACAGGAAUACAAGUUUUACAAGAAAUUAUUCAACAAAUUGAUAAAGGUAUUCUAUUAGGUGCUCCUUUACCGAGUAAGCCGUUAUUACUUACAUCGAUUGCUUCAAAAAUAAAUAAUUACUAUAAUAAAUUCGUCAGAACACUUACUGCAAAAAAAAUAGAAAUAGAUUACAGUAAAGUUUCUCAAUCAUUACUACCUGAAUUUUUACAAGUUAAUCGAUAUAGCAUACCUUCUAUGGAAUCAUUUUAUAAAGACAUUUUUAUACCAAAAAUUCCAGCCGUAAUAACAGAUUCUAUGAAACAUUGGAAUGCUUUACAUUUGUGGCAAGAUAUCGAUUAUCUAAAUAAGAUUGCUGGAAGUCGCACUGUACCUAUUGAAAUAGGAUCUCGUUACACCGAGGAAGAUUGGAGCCAAGAUUUGAUUAUAUUUUCAGAAUUUUUACAAUCUCAUAUAAUUAAGAAUACUCAAAAAGUUGGUUAUUUGGCUCAACAUCAACUUUUUGAUCAGAUACCAGAACUAAAAAAUGAUAUAGUUGUACCAGAUUACUGUUCUUUUUCUGAUAAAGAAAAUGUAGAAGUUGAACCACCAGAUAUAAACGCUUGGUUUGGACCAGCUGGAACUGUAUCACCACUACAUUUUGAUAUCAAAAAUAACUUAUUAUGUCAGGUUUUUGGUUAUAAAAGAAUAUUUUUAUACGACCCAUCUGAUUCUAUAAAUUUAUAUCCCUAUGAUACCAAAUUACUUUAUAAUACAGCACAAGUAGAUCCCCUUAAACCUGAUUAUAUAAAAUGGCCAGAUUUUAAAAAAGCCAAAGGUUUUAUGUGUUAUUUAGGACCAGGAGAGAUGUUGUAUAUUCCACCGAAAUGGUGGCAUCAUGUAACUGCACUUACACCAAGUUUUUCAGUUAGUUUUUGGUGGAUUUAGGUAACUUAAAAUAAUAAGUCUUAAUUAUAAGCAUUGCACAAAUCGUAUAAAUAAAUUUUAACAAUAUUAUAUAUCUUUAUAUAGGAACUAUAUUUUUAAAAAUUAAAUAAGUGUCAAUAUAAAAUAUAUUUACAUCCAUAGAAAAUAUAAGAUAACGCAUUUUUAUACAUUUCUUUACUAACAUUUUAUAAGGUUUACUUAUUUUAAUCUGAUAUUAUUAUUUUUUAUCUUAAAAAUACAUUUAUAUAUAUUUAUUUUGUCAAAUUACUACUAUAUAGUAG